ACUAUCAAGAUGGGUGGGUGGAGGUUAGAAGUGGGGAAGAUGGCCAUAUAUAUGUCCUUCCCAGUGGCACUGUUUUACCUCUUCAAUCAGCCGAAGUAUUUUGAGGAUUGGAUUGUAAACAUGCGUCGGGAAUUGUAUCCUCCAUUAGAUAAAAUGCACCAUAAGGAAAUUGAAGAAUGCAUAAAGAAACUUCAUGAGAGGAGAGAAAAGGAGCUUCUAAAAGCUUUAGAAGAACAGAAAUGAUUUCAAGAUCAUAUAUACUGCAUUAGCAAUGUUUUAACAAAUGCGUUUACCGUAAUAUUGUAAAAGAACUGUGUAUAUAUAUGAUUUCUUAGCAGUGAACAAUUAAGACUUGUAAAUUUGAAUGUUAAUAAAAUUUGAAAUCUGA